UGUGGUGUGUGUGUGCUCACCUGGGUGGAGUGAUGGACAGAUACACACCCAGGUUUGCACACAGAGAGCGGGACACGGCCACAGAGAGGAUACGAUUGUACACACUGGUUAGUACGAAGAGAGCUAAAGCGAGCAGCGUUUAAAAAGGGUGCAGCAAAAUGACCGAAAAAGACACCUUUAAGGACAUCAGAUACAAGCCUGGCCUACAGAUAUGGACUAUAAAUGACAUGAAAAUGGUCCCUGUGCCAGAGCAAGCAUUCGGGAAUUUCUUUGAAGGAGACUGCUAUAUAGUUCUCUUUGGAGGCCCAGAAAACGUUCGCUCCAUUGACCUCCAUUACUGGAUAGGGAGCAGCUCAUCUCAGGAUGAGCAGGGUGCCGCGGCUAUCUAUGUGACUCAGCUUGAUGAAUGUUUGGGUGGAAGCCCGGUGCAGCAUCGAGAGGUUCAGGACUGUGAAUCAGCCAAAUUUAAAGGUUACUUCAAAAAUGGCAUAAUAUAUAAAAAAGGAGGCGUGAGCUCAGGGUUCAAACACAUCGAGACCAACGUCUACGACAUUUUGCGUCUUCUGCACAUCAAAGGCCGGAAGAACGUCACUGCUAUGGAGGUGGAUGUGUCGUGGUCGAGCUUCAACACUGGAGAUGUCUUUCUGUUGGACAUGGGAAAAAACAUGGUGCAGUGGAACGGCCCUCAGAGCAACAGACAGGAGAGAUUAAAGGCAUGCAUGCUAGCUCAGGACAUCAGGGAUAGAGAGAGAGGGGGGCGAGCACAGAUUGGAAUAAUAGAAGGGGAAAAAGAAGAAGCCUCACCUGAACUCAUGAAGGUCAUGGUAUCUGUACUGGGCCAGAGAACUGGACAAAUGAAGGAUGCCAUUCCUGACAACACACCAAACCAGCUCCAGACUUCUAAUGUCAAACUUUACCAGGUAUCAGAUGCCAGUGGUAAGCUGGUAGUACAGGAGGUGGCCAGUAGUCCACUGACCCAAAACCUUCUGCAUUCUGACGAUUGUUAUAUUGCAGAUAUAGGAGGUGUGGCUUUGACAGUGUGGAAAGGGAAGAAGGCUACUCAACAGGAGCGGUCUUCAGCCCUGCAGCAUGCAGUGGGAUUUAUAAAAGCUAAAAACUAUCCCCCUACAACUCAUGUCGAAGUGAUCAGUGAAGGUGCAGAAUCUGCCAUGUUCAAACAACUCUUCAAGUCCUGGAAAGAGACAGAACAAAUCCAGGGCCUGGGGAAAACCUACUCCAGGGGAAAGAUAGCCAAAGUAGACCAGGUGAAGUUUAACGUCAUGGAACUUCAUGCUGAACCCAAACUGGCUGCACAAGAGCGCAUGGUGGAUGAUGCUUCUGGAGAAGUACAGAUUUGGCGUAUAGAGCACUUAGAGCUUCAGGAGGUACCACAGAGUACUUACGGGCAGUUUUAUGGAGGAGACUGUUAUCUAGUGCUCUAUACCUACAACAAAGCCAACAAACCGCAGUACCUCCUCUACAUGUGGCUGGGUCGCCAUGCCACACAGGACGAGAUAACAGCAUGUGCUUACCAGGCAGUCAAUGUAGACAACAAAUACAAUGGCGCUCCUGUUCAGGUCAGGGUGACCAUGGGCAAAGAGCCACGCCAUUUUCUGGCCAUCUUCAAGGGAAAACUCAUCAUCUAUGAGGGUGGGACCGGAAAACCAGGUGUGGUCAACCCUGAUCCCGGUGCCAGGCUUUUCCAGGUUCGAGGGGCAGAUGAAAUGAACACCAAAGCUACAGAAGUACCAGCCAGAGCCUCUUCUCUCAACAGCAAUGAUGUCUUUCUUCUGAAAACGAAGGGUGUGACUUAUAUGUGGUACGGCAAGGGCUGCAGUGGUGAUGAGCGUGAGAUGGGCAAGACUGUGGCUGAUGUUCUUUCAAAGGAGGACAAGCAGAUUGUAAUGGAAGGCCAAGAGCCAGCACAGUUCUGGGUGGCCCUGGGUGGAAAAGCGCCAUACGCAAGCGACAAGAGGUUUGAGAAGGCGGUGACAUCGCACAAUCCGCGCCUUUUCGAGUGUUCUAACCAAACAGGCCAAUUCCGGAUGAGCGAGGUGGCUCAUUUCGCCCAGGACGACUUGGAUGAAGAUGAUGUCAUGCUGCUGGACACCUGGGAUGAGAUAUUCCUGUGGAUUGGCAACUCUGCCAACCAAUACGAGAUCCAGGAGUCUCAAAACAGUGCAUUAGAAUAUCUGAAGACCCAUCCAGCGGGCCGUGACAUUCAUACCCCCAUCAUCUCAGUGAAACAGGGCCAUGAGCCGCCUACAUUCACAGGAUGGUUCAAUGCUUGGGACACUCAUAAGUGGAGUGGAGGUUUGUCAUAUGAGGAGAUGAAGAGUAAACUGUCUGCCUCGGGAUCGGUUUCACAGAUCACAGUGAAUCCGAACAACGCGGUCCUGAACAGGAAGUCAACCGGUGGAGAAGUGCUCAUCAGCGCCCCUGGAGGACCAAUCACUGAAAUCUCUUCACAGAACUCUAAAUCUGAAUCUCGCCCCUCCAAGAGCAAUGUCAACCCACGUACUGAUGCACCUUCUUUUAAAGCUCAAAGCUCAGCAAAUUUAAGUCUUGAGCAGCUGAUCAAUAAGAGCUCCAGCGAGCUUCCUCAGGGAGUGGACCCCAGCAAGCGAGAGGAAUAUCUGAAUGAUGCCGACUUUGAGAGUCUCCUGGGCUGCUCCAGGAAUGAUUUCCAGCGCUUGCCGAAGUGGCGUCAGAGCGACCUGAAAAAGAAAGCAGGGCUUUUAUAAUAAAUAAAUAAAAAAUCCUAAUAGGCAUAACUGGCUACAUAAAUACAGAAUACAGUAUGAUAAAAAAAAAUUUCAAAAAUACUUAUUACACAAACAUCUUUGAAUUAAUACUGAUAAUAGAAACAAAUAUGUUUUUGUCGCUUUAAGAAAUGCCUUUUAUAUGAUUUUAAAUAUCUAUGAUGUAUUUAUGCCUGACAAUAAACAUUCGCUCUGGAAACCAUCA